CGCCCGCAGGAGGCAGCGGGGCCGCGGCACGGCCGCUGCCAGCAAGGUCACCGGUCAGCUGACCGACUUUCUAACAACUGGAGCCGCGCGGCUGCGGCACGGCGCGCUCAGCCGCUGCCCGCAGCGCGGGGACGGACCCCUCGGAGGGCGGCACGAGCAGGGUGAACCAGCUCGUCUGCCGCAGCUUGUCAGAGGAUGGGGCACUGACAGCCUGACCAGACCACACCAUGGAGAAGACAGAUGCGACCGGCCAGCCGCCCCAGCCCGACGGGGACGGGCAGCAGCCCCGAAGCCUCCCCUACUCCGUGGAGACACCGUACGGCUUCCACCUGGACCUGGACUUCCUGAAGUACGUGGACGACAUUGAGAAAGGGAACACCAUCAGGAGGGUCCACAUCCACCGCAAAGCCAAGCAGCCGAAAUUCAGCACGCUGCCCCGAAACUUUAGCCUGCCCGAGAACGGCUCCCGCGGGUACGCGGCCGCUGCCGGCCCGGGCUGGCUGGCCACAUCGUGCCGCACGCAGCGCAAGGCAUCGCUGGGGGCGGAGGAGAUGCCGCGGUCCCCCGUGCCCGGCGAGGAGCCCAGCUACCGCAGGAAAGCCCUCCUGGCCGAGACGCGGAGGCAUGCCGAGCUGGUGCACCGGGAGGACGAGCUCCAGGGGCGGCCGCAGCUGCUUCGAGCCUCCAGCAUGCCCGCGGAGCUGCCGCCUGGCCAGCCCCCAGCUGGGGACGGGUGUGGGCCGUGUCCCCUCCGGUCACCCUCCCAGCCUGGUGACAACGAGAGCGUCACUGAAAGCACAUUUCACCCCACGGCGCAUUCACCCGAUGGCAUCGCCUCGAGCCCGCCCCAGGACUCAUCCUCGCAGCAGCAGGAGCAGCCAGGGAAAGGAAGCCCCAUUCGGGAGGGCUGGCACGGGGACGUCCCCAAGGAGAGGGCAUCGGCACAGCCCCCGUGGCAGGGCCAGCACGCCGCGGUGCAGCAGCUGCAGGUGGUGGUGGAGAGUGGGGCUGAGGAGGGCGAUGCUGCCGAGGUGGUAUCAGCCUCGCCAGGUGCCCCCCGGUUGUCAGAGGGAAGCGUGAGCCCUGGGAGAGUGGAGGGAAGCGUGAGUGAAAUCGCUCCGAAUGUGCUGAAGAAAGAUGAAGACGGGGGUGCCCGCACUCGAGAGGAGGAGGAACAGGGAGGAGAUGCAGGAGAGCCUGGCGGGAUUGCUGCACUGAAGCAGCAGAUUGCAGCGCUGGAGGAGCAGCUGAGCAAGAAGAAAGAAGAGCUGGAGCAGAUCAGAGCGGUGUUGGAGCAGCAGGAUCAUGAGAUCAAGGAGAAGGAGAAGAGCAUCAAGUUACUGGCCAGCUCCAAAGCCCAGCUGGAAGAGCAGCUGUGCCGGGAGAACACGCAAGUGGCCACGGCAUCGUCCGGGCGGCACAGCAGCACGUUGCAGUACUACGAUGCUGCGGUGAACACCGAACUCUCACACGUGAAUAGCACCAAGGAAGCCCACGACAAGGGUGUGAAUGUAAAUAUCCCGCUCUCCACCAAAUCCGUAGGGUGCGGUGAGCACAGAGCAGACAACAUGAACUCACCGGCGGUGGAGGUGAGUGCUCAGGGAGAGCAGGGAUGGGCAGGUGGUGGCACAGAGGGACCCGGACAUUUUGCUGAGCUCACAGAGACCGAAGCUGACCUGGAGCCUGGCCUUCAUGCCCCAUGCUUAACUGAGCUGAAGAUUGACGAGCACCUCAGCGAUGACAACCAAAACCAGAGAAGUUACUGUGAUACCCAGAGUCUCGCUGCUCAUGCAGAGACUGCGGCAAGCUAUCGAGCAACAAAAACUGACUCAAAUACAGGCAAAACCAAGGCAGGCUUUGAUGAAGAUAAAACUGAAGAUGGGAUGGAAGAUGACGGUCACCCUGACCAUAAAGAUUUCCCUGCUGUUGACCCCAUAGGCCAAUACGUAAAGAAAAUCCAGGAGCUGUUGCAGGAGCAGUGGAUGUGUUUGGAGCACGGCUACCCCGAGCUAGCAAGCGCUAUCAAACAGCCGGCCUCCAAGCUCAGCUCCAUCCAGAACCAAUUAGUUAAUUCCUUAAACUCGUUGCUGUCUGCCUACUCUACGCAGAGGCCAGCAGAUAAGGAGAAUUCAAACACACACUAUCAACAGUUGGAAAUCUCUCCAACCACAAGUCUUAAAUCUAUCAUGAAAAAGAAAGGUUAUGGUUUCCAUGCAGGAGGCAAUGGGACCAAAAAGAAUCUUCAGUUUGUUGGGGUAAAUGGUGGCUACGAAACGACUUCAAGCGAAGACACAAGUUGUGAAGACAGCCCAUCGGAGGGGGACACGGAGAGCGAGACAGAGAGAAGAGCUAGCGGUUUGGAGCCCCCACAGAAGGAGGGCGGAGGUGAAAGCGAGGGGGCUUCACCAGGCACCUCCUCGCAGGAGAGACGUAAAGAGGAUGACCUGCAGGAGCCUGCGGCAGAAGCAACACCUGGUGCUGAGGACAAGGCUGACAGAUGCAAACCCUCUGAAGAUUUCCUUGCCGACUGCCAGCUGCUUAGCCAGCACCUCUCAGAAAUAAGGACCACAAGCGACAAGCAUCUGCGGCACGUCCUCAGCACCGUCUGCCAGGAGUGGUUCCGGGUGUCCAGUCGCAAGUCCUCCAGCCCUGAGGCGGUGGCAGCCUACCUCCAGGCGCUGGGGGCCAUCCAGCCGCAGCUCCUGGAGGCGGUGGUCAACCUGGCCGACAGGAACGGCAACACGGCUCUUCACUACAGCGUCUCCCACUCCAACUUCCCGAUUGCAAAGCUCCUGCUGGACACAGGGGUCUGCCGCCUGGACCUGCCGAACCGAGCGGGCUACACGGCCGUGAUGCUCACCCCGCUGGCGGCCGCCGAGACGGGCGAGGACAUGGCCGUGGUGAUGAGGCUGCUGAAGGAGGGGGACGUCAACGUGCGAGCUGCUCAGGGAGGCCAGACCGCCCUCAUGCUGGGGGUGAGCCACGAGCGGGAGGACAUGGUGCGGGCCCUGCUGUCCUGCCAGGCCGAUGUCAACCUGCAGGACGAGCAGGGCACCACGGCGCUGAUGGUGGCCUGCCGGCAGGGCAACACCGACAUGGUCAGGCUGCUGCUGGCCCAGCCCGGCUGCCAGCUCGCGCUGACGGACAAGGACGGAGACUCGGCGCUGUCCCUCGCCCAGAGGAGCGCCCACGGGGACAUCGCUGCGCUGCUGCGUCGCGCCCAGCACGGCCCCAGCACCUCCGCCUGACACCGAGCGAGGAGGAGGAGGCCGGGACGGAGAGGCUCUGCUUCGGAGCACCGAGGGUCUCACAGCACACAGGGGCUGAUGGCCCGCAGCCACACCUGGAGCCUAGUUCUCCUCAUUAACCUGCUUGUGUAGUUUUAAUCAUGCCUGUUGCCACAAGUGGCUCAAAUGGUGGUUUGGGGAGUUCAAUUUCCGGAUUGCCUUGUGUUAACGCUCACCGUGCUCUGCUCCCCACACAGCUCUGGUGGCCGAAUCGAAGGAGAAAAGCCCGUUAGAAAGCAACACUUAGUCAUGGUAGCCUUAGGUGGCGGCUGGCCUUUUAAUCAAGCACUUACCUGUAUCACAUUUAACUUGUGUGUCCUAAUAUUUAUUAUUAGCUCUUCCCCGUGUAGAAGGUGGCGGUGAUUAGUCAGUGUAGGUAACAACAAACACGAGCUGGAUGGAUUAUGGAAGACAAAAAUCCUAUUCGUGUUUGCUUAUGUGGGCCUGAUGUAAGAAUUAAAAAUUAAUGCUGUAGGAAAAUAUUUGAGUACAGCAGACCCAAACACACA